GCCCCGCCCCCGCGCUGCGCCCUCGUCUCGCUUCUGCCUCGCGCGCGCCGGACGCCGCUGAGCCGCCCCUCGCCGCCCUUCUCGCCGCCGCUGCCAUGCCGGGCCUGCUGCUGGGCGACGAGGCGCCCAACUUCCACGCCGACACCACCCACGGGCCCCUCCGCUUCCACGACUUCCUGGGAAACUCGUGAGUAGCACCACGGCUGGCUAAGCGCAGCCGCCGCCGCGCAAGGGCUGCGCUCCCGAGGCUGGCGCUGCGCAGCUGCCCGCUCUCUCCUCCUGGGCGAGGGGGCUCCGCUUUCGGGGCCGAGGAGACGACGCCGCGGGGCCCUGCAGCUCCAGCACGUGGCUGCCGCUCCCGCCCCAAACAAGCCUGGGCGCAGAGCGGCGCUUCUCCGCACCCUCCGACUACACUUCCCGGGAGUCUUGGGGCGGGGAGCCGCGCACUUGAAGGUGUUUUCAUGACCCCUUUUUGCAACCCGCCGCCUUGGGGGAAGGACCCCGGCAGCGGGAGGCUGGCGAGGAAGACAAGGCUGCUCCCGCUGCUGUCUCUCUGCCUCCCCCCACCCCGAUCGCCGCCUUGGGAAGAGCCCAAUGCCUUAAGCUGCUUCUGUUACUCUCUUGCGUUUUUCUGAACGCAUUCCGACUUGACUAGUAUGCUGCAUUGAAAGAAUGAAUAUCCUAACAGGUGGGGUGCAAAUAGUUGUAGUAAGUAAACGAAUAUAUACAAUUCCGUAUAAAGUGAAGGAAGUGUAGGGCAACAUGUGAAGCCAACCUUUGGCUUCGUGCGGGGGCUCUGAAGGAAGGGCUUGCUCAUUCCUGUAGCUUUUUGCUACUUUGUUGUUUAUUCGUUUAGUCGUGUCCGCCUCUUCGUGACCCCCUGGACCAGAGCACGCCAGGCACUCCUGUCUUCCACUGCCUCCCUCAUCCUGGUAGCUUCGAGAACACUGUCCCACCAUCUCGUCCUCGGUCUUCCCCUUCUCCUUGUGCCCGCCAUCUUUCCCAACAUCAGGGUCUUUCCCAGGGAGUCUUCUCUUCUCAUGAGGUGGCCAAAGUCUUGGAGCCUCAGCUUCACAAUCUGUCCUUCCAGUGAGCACUCAGGGCUGAUUUCCUUCAGAAUAGAUCGGUUUGAUCUUCUUGCAGUCCAUGGGACUCUAUUCAAAAGCAUCAAUUCUUCGGCAAUCAGCCUUCUUUAUGGUUUUUUGCUACUACACUGCACUAAACUAAGCCAGGGUUUGGCUUGGUGUGUCCUCCAAUCCAGGACUCAUAGUUAACUGUUCUUUGAGACCUUUGGCAUUGGUAAGUCGUAUUCCUUUCACAGUGCCUCCAUGCCCAAUAAUUGUAAGAAGUGAGAUUCCAGUGUUGUAUUUGAAAUGCAGUACAUGAGUGGCAUUUCAAAAAUGUAACCCAUCAAUGGUAUGUUAAGCACUGUAAUACAAUCCUGUGGCAUAGUGAUAGAGCACACUAUUUGGUCUUAAAUAUGCUAAAUAGUCCUUAGGAUUCCGUGAAGUGCUUAUGAUUUGGGCAGGUUUCCAUCUUCAAGAAUAUUUUUUCAAACUCCUUGUUCACUUUAAACUUGAUAGGUUAGGCAAGAGAAAUUAUGCAGUGGUCUUUAAAAAUUCAGGGAAUACAUUCAAAUAGUAUCUAUAAUACAAAAAAAGCACAAAAAGUUUACAUACACAUGCCAUAUUUCAAAUAGCAGCAAUAGGCUUCUUCCUCAUAAUUGAUAUAAAAAUAUGCUGCACUCAGUAUUAUCUCUUUAGUUCAAAUGUGUUAUUCUUAUUUAGUUGUACUAGAGCACACAGUGACUUUGUGAGUACCCCCACACACACUGCUAAAAGCAAGCUUGAGAACAUUGUGUGCUGGAGCUUUUUCAUGUGGGCAGCAAACAACAGAAACAGCUAUUUUAAAAGAUGCAGAAAUAUGAAUGUUUCUAAAUUCAUGUUUAACUUGUAUAUCUUAAAUUGCAUUACUAACUGACUCAGUAAAUAUUUGCUUUCUUUAUAGUUGAGGAAUGACACUGCAGUUCCAGAGUUUAAACAAUAAAAUUCAUCUCCAAUGCAGUGUUCUAACACGCAGUUGCGAUAGUCAGGAGACCAAAGGGUACAUUUAUGGUGCCUGACGCCACUUAUUGAGGCUGAGUGUAAUGUUUGACUAGAGAAUGAACCUUUGCAACAGGAAGGUGUUGGCCAAGAUGGCCUGGCAGAAGAUGUUACUUGGCUACAGGGCAAAUAAAAUGCUUACUGUAUCCACUGAAAUCUAGAGAAGCGUUAUGAAUGGGCUGCAUAAUUCACUUUUUAAUUUGGCUGUUGUAUGGUCUGCAGUAAUUCUAAACCACCUGUCAGGGCAAUAUUGUUGUAAAAUGCAUGUUGAAACCAAACCUGAUAUUUCAGGGUUCCAAAGUACACCUAACCGACUCUGAGAGCUUCCUCUGCUUCUAGGAUAACAGGAAGGUGCUUCUCUUCUCCCAUGGCUAAGGCCUACGUGUUAGACUUACUGACGCUUCCUUAAGCAACUUUCUCAGUUCUUUCCCCUCACCACCAGUUCUCAGGGCAGCCAUCAUAAAGGGAAGACAUCAUUGGAGUAACAUGCUUUCUUGCAAAAGGAAGCAGAACUUAUCCAAAUAUUAAGACACCAACUGUGGAAUGUCUCAUGCAGCCAAGUGAUCAAAGUUGCUUUUUAGUGUUCCUAGGCUUUGUUUUUAAAAAAGAAAGUAGGGGGCAGAAUCUGGGAAGACAUGAAAAUCCUUAAUUACUGGUUAUCCCAUUCUGUUAAUGGAACCUUGACAAAUUACCAUCUGCUGAAUAAGCUUAAUAUCUGCUAGAAGUGGGACAGAAAUCCUAGUUAGACACAAUUUCAGUAGCUCUGAGACUUCUCCAAAACACCUUCUGAGUGGUCACUCCUUUUGAGUUAUAUAUCUAUGUGGUAUGCAUGCAUUUAUUUCCUCUUAGAAUUCUGAGGCAUAUUGUCUAAAAAGUGUGUGCCUCCUGGAGGAGUAGGGUGUAGAGUAGGGUAUAUAUUUCACGACACUCGGUGACUUUAAUAUCACCUUAAUGUAGCAAAGGGGGAAGCAGUUUACAGUGAGGUUUGCACCCAUAGCAGUAAUGUGCUAAGCUGCCUAAAAUGACAAUGCCAGUACUUAUUCAGAUUGUUUGUACUAUACAAUUUGUACUAUACAAAAGCACUGCUGACUCAGGAUACCUUAUCAAACAGGAGCUGUCAUUUUAAUCAAAUAAUGUUGGCAGGCUGUGUACUAUUGUGGAAAGCUAUGGUGCAUGAGGCUCCCUGAAAGACUUACAAAGGCAGGGAGACCAGUUCUGAGGGGUGGAGGUAGUAUUAGCCGUCAGUGGAGUGUCAACUGUGUGAUGCUUCAGUUAAGAAGGUCAUGGAGUCAUGGAGACUGAAAACUCCAGUGAAGAAUGAAACUCUUGCUGCUGCUGAAGGGAAUGGAUGUCAAAGUAAAUAUAACAAAAAGUAGGGAGUCUAAAAAGGAAAUUGGCUUAGUUUUAACUAACAGGAAAAAGAAACUUGAAUUGUUCAGUCUGAUUAGGAGGUCUUAAGUAAGUUUUGCAAUACUUGAUUUCAGUGUUACCCUACCCAUCAAGACAAUGCCAUGUUGUUUUUCUUUCAGAUGGGGCAUCCUGUUCUCUCAUCCACGAGAUUUUACACCCGUGUGUACAACAGAGCUUGGCAGAGCAGCAAAGCUGGCACCAGAGUUUGCAAAGCGUAACAUUAAAAUGAUAGCCCUCUCUAUUGAUGAUGUCAAAGACCAUCUCUGUUGGAGCAAGGUAUUAUGGAGAUAAAUAGCAGCAUAAAUCAACUGAAGAAGUGUAGGACUUGCAGGCUUGGCUCACACAUGGACUUACACACCCCACCCUCCCAUCCUUCUCUGAGAAGAAGAGAAGCUUCUGCCACUGGUGGAGGAAGAGGCGUGCGGGGAGAGCGCACCGCCCCUGGCAGCGCGAUCCUGGCGGGGAGCCAUCAAGGCUGCCCCACCCGCGCUGGGCACCACACCCCUACGGACGGCGUGCCACGCCCCUGGGACACGCACCAGCCCUGCCCCCACCUGCUCUCUGCCCCCCAGAGCCGGAGCACGAAGCUCCACCACUGGUUUCUGCAUCAGUUUAACCAGAGUUUAGCAUUACAACUGAAUCCUAAAUGGUGGUUGAACCAAACUAUUGCCUUUUGAAACAAACCAGGUUCAUAAACCAUGAUUUGAAAUUGGUUUGUUUCCACUAAUUGUAAUUAAGAAUAACUGCAGUUCGUUUCUGUUUGGAUGUUGUGACAAGCUGCAGUUAAUGCAUGUCGAAAGUAAAAGCUCCCAAAAUCCUGGCAGAUGUGCCAGAGUGUAUUGCUAAAUGUAGAGGCAAUGUUGUAUCAAAAGUAUAUCCCACACUAAAGCUGUUAUAUGCUGCUAUACUAAUAACUUUGCUGAUCUGACACGUGGGCUAUUCUGUGACAAUAAUAGUGAUGUUCCUUGUAUAAUAUGGUUCCGAAACAAGAACUAUCAGAUAGACAGUAGCUUCAUAAAACUCAAGACUAGCACCAAGUUGAUCCCUUUACAUUGAUAACUUGCAGUCCCUGAACCCUGAUCUUUAUAAAAUGGAUUAAGAUUAGUCUUCUUAGUGAUGCUGAUGCAUGCUAGAGCUCCACAAGGCAGAACACUGGCAUCUAGGCUCUAAAGUGGACACAGAACCUCAGAUUAAAUCUGCACUGUGUUCCAAAACUGGGCGCCAUGAUUAGGAGCAGGGGGCUAUGAAGUAAGUAGUGGAUGUGUUGGAAAUCUGCAGCUAAUGUCCCUGUUUGAGCAUGUAACUGAAAUAAUUUGCAUUACAUUUUCAUGAGUAGGGUGAAUGAAUUUUUUGUUUAGUAAUCUAUGAAUACUAUUCUAUAGUAUAAAUUGUUGCUGUUCUGUUCAAAACCAGUCUUUAUACUAUAUUUGGACUUUACUGUGGAAUUGAAAACAAUUAACAAUGGGUUUGUUUUGAAUUUUUUUUGCAUAUUGCUUCUUGUUAAAAAAAAACUUUCGGCUUAAAUUGACUUUGAGGAAUUAACUGCCCUUUUACUUAGAAGGAUCUAUCUGCCUCAGUUUGGGAUGUGUAAAAUGAUUAAAGUCUAGUCACAAAUAUACCAGGAAGUGUCCCUUGCCAAGUUGUCCAAUAUGUUCUUUUAAAAUGCGGUGCCAACUAGCUGGUAUUGCCACCCUGUAAAACCAGUCAGUUGUCUGAGAGCACAAGGGAAAGGCUGUUGUGAAGCCAUAUUAUGUGGUGGAGAGAGUUAUUUCAGGACAGAAUUCUUUGUUAUGCAAAGAUGUUCUCCUUUCCAUGCUCUGCUUGACACUUUCUCUACUUAAUGAAGUACAUAUAAAGCAAAUGCAAAAUAAGAUUGUAUAAACUUGAGAAUAUAUUUUAUUAGAAAUAUAUGGAACUGUUCUAUUUUGUUUUGGAUCCAGGGUAGUAAUAACAAAUUGAAUAUUGCAGUUAUAUUUAAAAUGGAAGUGUGCCAUUUCACUAGUUGUCAAAGGUGAAAACUAAUUCUGGUCUGUUAAAAAGAAAUCAUAGCAGUAUCAUGACUCCUUUAUUAGGUUCAACUUAAAAGCCAAAGUAGUGAGGAAGUAUUUGAAAGCUUAUUUGUGACUAGUUGGUCCUAUUAAAACAAAAAGCAAUGUUUCUCUAGAGAGUAUGGACAUCUGGUGGUUGAAUAAUAGGAUAUAAGGAGAAAAAUAAAAGUUAUGUCACAUUUUAUGAACAAAGGUUGCCUGUCUUCAGAAGAUAUUGUAGCUAGGUGAAUAGUAGCAUUUGUGUUGAGACUUCAGUUGAACAUCAAGAUGCCAUCUGUGUUGACUGAAAAACUUUUUAAUGUUCUGCUGAGGAAAAAAUGCAUAUAUAUUAGUUUUGCGUAGAAUUAAGUUUCAAAGAAAAGUUAACACUUGGAAAUGAAGCCUUUGAUUUCAUUUGCACUCCAUGCUGACUUCAAGACUGACUCUAGAUUGACUGCAAGAUUCUCUAGUCUAGAACAUAUCACUUAAGUUCACUUGCAGAUCACUAAUGUGUCCUGGGAACUUGCAGGACACCUCAAAGGAGUUACUCAAAUCAAAGGUUCUUCUUUUGGUGUGUGUCUUAAAUCUUCCACCUUAAGCUUUAUGCAUAAGGUUCAGGCAAAUGGGGGAAAGCAGUAUUAGAUUAUUCUAAAUAAUAUAUAGUAUGUUACACUUUUAGGCCUCCUGUUGAUGAUGAUGUUUAAACUGCUUAGUCACUUCUUUGUCAUAUCUUUGCCAAUAAUUUCUUUGUCAUAACUUUGCUACUGCCUUCUCUGCCAGUUCCCUCCACUCUUUAUGUGUGACUUGCUUUAUGGCUAGUUCCUUAGUGCAACUGCACUCAGCUUGUUGCCUUUGUCCCAUGCAGCCUGUGAGUCAGCCUGCACUUGAGAGGAGGCUUAUAGAAUCUUACUUGUAUAAUAUCUGAAAAAAAAGUUUUAACAGUUUCUGCACCACUACAGUUUCUGUAGUGGUAAACAUGCUGCUAUCGCCAAAGCCCUCUAGAAUACUUCUUACAAACAGAUUGAUCAUUAGCAACUUGCUGUCAAGUACUUACUGUUGGGCUGAAUGAGAUUGGUAAUCAUGAUUAUCUGUGACUCUAGUUGUAGUUUACAAUGUCACUUACCUAAAGGAGUCCCCAUUUUUUUGUUGACGGAGUCUUGCACACCUGCAUCAACAAUGAAAUAUUUUAGCCCUGUCCUCAAACAGGCGGACAACAUGUGCUUUGCUUGAGUGACAUACCUAAUUUCUAAGUUACCAUGUGUAGGGUUAGGCUGAACGUGUCAUAUAAUUCCAUGGAACUUACAUGUAAGGCCUAGUUCUCACUGAGAUGGUAAGCCUGGGCUUGGGCUGUAGACCACUUCAGAUUUCAGGGACAGCUUCACUUGACUGAGGCUUCAAUCCUAUACAGGCUUAAAACCUGGCAAAAAGUGCAAUUAAACUGAAUGGAACCAAACAGAUGUGCAUAGGUUUGAAUGUGGAUUUCUCUGUAAAGAAAAUGCUGUCUAAACACAGAAGACUAGUUUGUUGGCAAGAAGCCUUGAACCCCUCUUCCUGGAUUGCUUUUUAAAGAUACCGCUGUAUACCAGGAAUACGAGUCAUGUGAAUACCACUUGUCGUCUUUCCUAUGUUCUUUUGUACCAGUGACACAACACUAACAAUUUUCUCCCCUGUAGGACAUCAAUGCCUACAAUGGAGACGAGGCCAAAGAGCAGCUCCCCUUUCCCAUAAUUGCUGACUCAAAACGGGAGCUUGCAGUCCAGCUGGGCAUGCUAGACCCAGAUGAGAGAGACAAGGAUGGUAUUCCUCUGACUGCCCGUGUGGUAAGUAUUGAGGGCCUCUAACACUGCAGGCUGCAAUUAGCUUUUCAUUCUUUGUUUUAUGGGAUGAACAAACUUUUAGCCUCCAAGGGCCACGUGUGGUGAUGGGUGGGUGCUUAGGAUCAGGCUAGUGACCCAUCUAGUCCAGGAUCCUGUUCUUGCAGUGGCCAACCAGAGCCUGCAGGAAGGCUGGAAGCGAGACCUGAAUGCAACAGCCCUCUCUCCUUGGGGGCCAGAAGCCAGUUGAUGUGGCAGUGCCUUGGGCUGUUAUUCAAACACAUGCCCAUGCACAUACACACUCAUAUUCAUUCUCAUUAAUUCACACUUUCUCACACCAACAGCUGGAAACCAGGGAUAGACGAUAUUUUGGGACAGCAAAACUGAUUGGAUUUGGAACACUGGAGAAUGAUUGAAUCCCCAAUGUUCCCAUCUGGAAAAAAAUGUUGGUGGGGUCAUAGCCACACUAUUUUCUGCUUUUUUAGAAUUGACAGUCAUUUUGUGACUCACACUCACCAAAGUACUUUCUCUAAAUUCCAAAGUUACCAAAAAAGAUGGGUGAUUCUAGGGUAGUAUUAUUCCUGUCUUUUAGAUCAGUUACCUUGUGGGGAGAAGCUGCUAACCUUCAGAGAUAUUCAAAAUUCUUUUGAAAUCUUCCCAGUUUUACCAGAAAAUAAAUUUUAUCACUUUUGCCUGUUUAGGACUACAAAUUCAGGGCAGAAAUAUUACAGUCAGAUCAUUGUAUGCCAGAAGUCAGAUGAGAACACUUCCUGUAAAGUAGACCUUUCUACUACAGACAACUAUAGUUCCAAAAUAUUUUUGAAAAGGAGUGAAUGUGAGGGAUGAGUUGUAAAAGAAUAGCUCAUCUGGCAUGAUUUUCAGGUUCUCAUUCUGUGGCUUUGCUUUUAUAGGUAUUCGUCUUUGGCCCGGACAAGAAGCUCAAACUCUCUAUCCUCUACCCAGCAACCACUGGCAGAAACUUUGAUGAGAUUCUAAGAGUGGUUGAUUCCCUACAGCUAACAGCUGCUAAGAAGGUUGCUACCCCAGUUGAUUGGAAGGUAACUAUACUUUGUUAACAUUAAAUUCUGAAGUUUCCUCACACUGUCAGAUAGCAGUACCCUGCUACAUAUGUGAGUCUAAAUUCAGCUUCUGUCUUCUGGGAAGGGGAAGUUGCAUCCAGUUCAAUUAGGAUAAACUAACUAGGGAACAGCGCAGUAAGCGUGAAUAUGUUGUUACUUUUAUUCAGUUAGCUAGAGCAACUUACCCCGGGAGUCCCAGUGAUACCAUUAUUAUUGACCUAAAUAAUUUGCUGAAGGAGGGCCACUUACCCCUUUUGGUUUCUGAAAAUAUCAGUAGAUAUGCCUCUGAAAGCUUCAAUUGAGUCACCAAGGCAUUGUCUUUAGGGACCAGAUAGUGGGACUUUUGAACCUUGCUGCUCUGUUUCCCCUUCUGGCUCUUGAUCCAUAUUCCACUAUCCCCGUGGCUGUAAAUUACAGUUCCUGAUUUACAGUGUCAGCAUAAGCUGUUCAAAUGAACAGUUUGAUAACUAAACUGACCAAUUUCCAACUGUGGGUUCUGGGACUAUAUAGAUUUUAUUGUACAUUAUGAAAGUGUGGUAUUGAACAUUAUUUACAGCACAAUCUUAUGCAGGUUUACUAGGUAAGCGUGCCUAGGAAUGCAGCUUGGUUUAUUCACUACAUUUAUAUACUUCCUUUCUACCAUGGCAUUAAAGGUGGUUCACAUAGUUUAGAUUGUACACUGCCUUUAGUGGCUUCACAGAAAGACAGUAUAUAAUGCAGUACAAAAAUGAAAGAACGAUGAAACUGUCUCUGGCCAUUGGCGUAUGGUCUUUUGCCUUCCCUUAGGGCACACAGAUACUUAAAUAACAUCCUUUUAAAAGACCAACUUUGCCUUGAACUGAUGAUGUGUGUGAGAGAUUUUCAUUGCUUGACUGAAACUGGCUCCUGCAUUUGUGCAAUCUUAUACAGCAGGCAUUUAUAUGUAGUACCAUAUUGGCCCGAAUAUAAGCUACACUUUCCCCCCAAAUCCCAAUCCAGAAAAGUUAAAGUGCGGCUUAUAUUCACAACCUUAUGAUAUUGCUGCUGGAACAGCUGCCCAGGAAGUCUAUCUGGGGUGUGGGACAACAGCGCGCCACCCACCUGCAACUCCCAAGCCGGUUUGGGGAGGCAGUGUUGGGGGCAGUAGUGUCAGGAGGUGGGCAUGCAGCACAGUCGGAACUGGCGCGCGCCCACCCCCCACCCCCCGUUCUGGGUGGCAGAGCCAGGAGGUGGGCCGCACCCACAAAUAAGCCUUGAAUUUUAAAGGUCAUGCUUAUUUGUGGGUGCGUCUUAUAUUCGGGCCACUAUGGUAUGUAGGGUUUGUCUGUUUGCAUCUUACAUAUGCAUUGGGGAAUAUCCAUGUGGGAAACUGAAUAUAUACUCCAACUUCAGUGAAAGCUUCUAUGUAAGAGGAUCGGUGUGUUUUUCACAAAUGCAAUAAGCUUCAACAGACUGAAGGUUCUGGUCUUCACUGACAGAACUGGAGGAUCAGAGGGUCUGCAGCUCUCUUUAAGUAUGGCACUUCUUACUAAAAGUCUCCCCUCCUUCUUUCCUCAUGAGCCUGGGGACCAGGUCAUGGUGAUUCCAAGUGUACCAGAAGAAGAGGCUGACAAGCUCUUUCCAGGAGGAGUUUGCACCAAAGAACUUCCAUCAGGAAAGAAAUACCUGCGUUACACCCCUCAGCCUCAAUAGCAACUGUGAAGAGAUCGAACAAACCAGAAUGCUGAUCACAGGGGCUCUGUAGGAAAAGCUGCAUUAACUGUCUUGUGUGGAAGUAGAUUUGCCAAGUACACAAUAUUUAGCAGAGUGACUGAAUCCCAGCUAGUCAUCACGGGGUUGUUCUGUUCAGACAUGUGAUCAGUUGUCAUGGGUUUAUUUUAAAUGAAUAAUCAAUUUUCUGUUCUUUAGCCAUGUAUAAACACACUUUUCGGAUAACAGAUUAUUUCUUUGUCACUGAAAAUUUUAGUAAGUUGGCAAACAAUCUCUCGUGCUGCUAUGUGCAGAAAAUCUCAAAAUAAAACUGUUCAGCUAACCACUGUACAGGCUGUGGGGUCAAAUGAGGUAGGGUUCUUGAGCACAUUUCACUACAAAUGAUUGUGACUAGAUUGUUUGCACAGCUGAAGCUUGUUGCAGUUUUCCUGGGCCUUUAUUUCAAAUUAAUUUCUUCUACUAAUCAAAUGCCUAAUCUGGAAAGGCUUGUAUUAACCACCUAGUCUGUAUUGGUUACAUUGGAUAGAUGGCUAUACCAAAAAGACUUUCAACCUUUUUUUUUUUUUUUUUUUUUGUUCUUCUUAUUCAGGAAGUAAAACUAGCUAUUAAAAUGUGUUGUCUGCUAUCCAGUAAUUCUGUAAUAUAUAAAAUCAUGCAUUUUUGAAAUACACAUUGUGCAGCAUACAAGGUCUCUAUUCAGAUCAGCUAAUAUAAACUGGGAACCCCCCUCAAAUAAUCUGUUUAGCCAUAACUAGAAUAACAAUGCUAGAAUGGAAACAUGACUGUAGAGCAGGGGUGGCAAAACUGGCCCUCCACUAUGUUCCUGGACUCCCAUCAAUCCCAGUCAGCCUGGCCAAAGAGAACUGUAAUCCAUCAACAUUUGGAGGGCCACAGGUUAGGUUGCUAGAGGUUUCUAUAAAAUAUUGAUAAACAUGCCCCUCAUCAUAAUGGACCACAGUCAUACUCCGCCAGUUUUUUUCAUUUUGCCGGCAUCUGUUCAUGAGAAACUGAGGUUUUCAACCUUUUUGAGUCCACGGCUCCCUUGACCAACUACAUUCUGCAGCUCCCCUGUGGGGAAAAGUGCUCUGAGCCUCAGAAGCCCAGUUAUGUCACCCGUUGCCUGCAGAGCCAGCAACCCCUUGCCCCUUUUUGAAUGCCCUCCUUUGUGGAGUGUUCCCUCAGCCUCCUCUCCUUGGGAGUCCUCCAGGCAGCCGCUGCCACUGCCCUAGUCUCUGAGCCGCCCUCCCCACCCCAAAGAGAGUUGUCUCCUCACACUGCCCCACAGGGGCCUGAGAAGAGGAUGCCCCCAGCCUUAGCAGCCCAAUGGAGAAGAGCCAAAGGUGAAUAUGAGGCCGGCACUUUACUCACCUUGGGUGGCAGCAGCAGGCACCACCAGUCCUGCAUGGCACAAAGUCUACCCUUUGGCACUGAGCUCUCAGCUGCCAGGCAGGAAAUGCACAUAGCAAGCAGAAGAAAGGCCAUCAUGGUGCCUGCCUACCCUACCUCUCGCUUGUCUGCCCAUUUCCAACAGCAAAGGCUGGUGGUCUGGCUGGCCGGCCUCUCUCACCCACUUGCUUGCUUGCUUACUCAGCUCCUGGCAACCAGCACCCCCUGGCCAAGCCCCAGAGGCACCAUUCACCUGGGGAGCUUGUAGCCAGGGCUGCUGCCACAAACAGCCACACAAGCCUUUGGAAGGCAGAGGUGAGAGGGUCUCGAGGGAGGGAGGGAUGGAAAGAAAGAGGAACAGAGGCCAGUGUUGUCCACAACACACCUGACCAUCAUUCAAGGCACCCCAGGGUGCCACGACACCCUGGUAGAAAACCAUUGGAAAACAACAUCUUAAAUUUUGCAGCAAAUUUUGGGUACACGUUGCCUUGCAACACUUUUGGAGCUAGCAGCAUCACCAAGACCACUUUCCAUACCUGUUUUGGUACUGUAAAUUUAAUGAACCCCUGGGGGUUCAAGCGCCAUAUUUAGUAUUAGCAGUGCCUGUAUUUCCUAUUAGGGCCUAAAUAGCUGUGAUAUGACGCAUCUAUUAUAAGAUUUCCUGAUCUUUGAUCAGAGCAGCACUGCUGGAAGAGUGGUGUUUAAACUUUUCCCCUUCUUCAUUUUCCCUUGGUUCGCGCUAUGGCUUUUUGAAAAAAUGAAUUGUUAGAGCACCUGCUUUUUGUAAACUUCAUCUUGAAUGCAUUAUUUGGUCUUGCUUUUAGUCACUCUGACUUUUCUACCCUAUGCUGCUGGUUACCAGCAAAGAGUGCUUUCAACUCCUAAGAGCAUCUACUGCUUAAAUAUUGCAAACAGCAGUGGAAUGUAAUACAGUGGUCAAACAACCUGCUGCAGAAAGGGAAAGGCUUAUAUCAUGCCUACCUCUGCUUUAAACACUUCAGCUCUUGGAUUUUAAAAAGUGCACUGGAGCAUUUAAUGACUUUUUACAAUUUGAAAAGGGCUGCAUAAGAAGAUUAGUUGUAUGAGCAGGAACAAUGUGCUCCUGGGGCCGAGCCUUUUAAGUAUUCCCUAGCUCAGGCCUUUGCUGGUUCUCAUCAGAAAAAGUUGAAUGUGGAAGAGGAGAAGAGAACCAACAAAACUUUAUGAGACUAGGAAGUAUUUUGUAGAAAGGCAUUAAUUCUAAUAAAGUGAUCCUACAGGCUUGCUAAGAAGAAAAGUUGCAGGCAGAUUCCAAAACGCAGGGUUCGCAUUGCUCAGCUGCAUAAUUUUAUUAUGCUUAUCACAGAAGAAGAAGAAGAAGAAGAAGAAGAAGAAGAAGCCAAGACCGAGCUCAGAGCAGCUGACACCAGGUAUAAAAAGAAUUGAUUGAAAUACAACUUAAAAACAAGAUUAAAAUGCAACAUUAAAACAUC